AACGGGGGCCGAGCGGCGGCGGCGGCGGCGGCGGCGACGAUGCGCCCCCCCGGCUGGCUGCGCGGAGGCUGCGGCUGGGCUCGGCCCCGCCGCUGCUGCUGCUGCUGCUGCUGCUGCUGCUGAUCGAGUCUGGCGAUUGCAAAGCCGGCCGACUUCGAUUGCGUUUUAUUUUUUGCACAGAGCUGCUGCAAAGGUGGUUUUUUUUUUUCCUCCCCCCGUUUGCCCGCCCCCCCCCCCCCCAAAGGAAAGGAUUAAACGGGACGACGCUGCUUAAGCUUCAACCGGAGCCCGGCGCUGCGUUCCUGCAAAGAAUUAAUGAAUGGACGGAGGAGCGCUGCGCCCUGAAAACGCCAAUGCUGUACUUUGCGGACUCGUGAACUUAACAAAGUGCCAGUGACUUGUGCCUCUGUUCCCAUCCCUUGCCAUGGCCCAACUAGAGACCCUCUCCGUCCUUAGUGACCCCAGCUACCACAGCCAGGAAUCCUUCCACGCAUUCGACUCCAGGAUCCCCGAGUCCGCCUCCCAAGGCACUAUGGGAAGUGUCGGCAGCGGAGUCUCCAGUGAGCAAGAGUUUGCUAUGAAGAGCGUGGGCACCAGGACGCAGGGCAACAGCCGGCAAAUAGACGGCUCCCGGAACAGCUAUUCCACCCGGGAGAUCUCCAACCGCUACUCCGGCGAGGAGAAGAUCUAUAGGACCGAAAAGGUCUCCAACAACAUAUACAUCAAUGGAGAUAUGCGCAAGAGCGAGAAGGUGAAGACGGACUUUUGUGGGAACGUGGCGGCCAACAAUGAGAAAAACAUGCCACCGCUUCCCCAGUACAGAGAAUCCAGUAACCCACCAAAGAUAUUACCAGUCUCUGGUAAAUUGGACCAGAGCAACGAGCCCUUAGUUAGACCUUCAGCCUUUAAACCAGUAGUUCCUAAAAACUUCCAUUCCAUGCAGAAUCUGUGCCCUCCGCAGAGCAACGGCAUCACGGAGAACCGAAAGACUUUGAAUCACACCCACAGCAAUAGUCCUUCCACUGUCAAAGGCGGCCUGGAAAAGCCCGGCCUUAACAGGACUAGCAACCAAGCGGGCGGUCUCUCCGAUUCUGGCCGCAACUCUUUGACAAGCUUGCCCACCUACGGGACGGGCUACAGCCAGCACGUUGGCCCGAUGAGCGCCUCGACCAGUCACAUAAACCGCAUCGGCACAACUUACGCGGAAAAGAACAUUGUGGGAUAUAACGGGAUAUCUACCUCAGACAGCGGCCGGUCUUCCAGCAAGAGCACUUCCUCAUUCAGUAGGCUCAACCAUCUCAACGAAACGAUGCCUUUCCAUUCUCCUUCCACGGACGACAUCAUCCAGGACCUGGAAGACCGGCUCUGGGAAAAGGAGCAAGAAGUCCUCCAGAUGAGGAGAAACCUGGACAAGAGUGAGGCGGCCAUCUACCAGGUCUUUGAAGAGAAACAAAAAAUCUGGGAGCACGAGAUGGAGGACCUCCGGCAGAACUACGCCAACAAACUGCAGCAGGUCUCGAAGAAGGCCCAGAGAGCUCAACAGGCGUUGCAGCUCCAAAUCUUUAAGCUCCAGCAAGAGAAGAAAAAGCUGCAAGAUGACGUCGGGCAGCUCCUUCAGCAGCGGGAAGAGCUGGAGAAGAAGUUUGUGGCUUUCAAGAAAGAGCAGGCGGAAUUCCUUCCCAAGAUCGAGGAGACCAAGUGGGAGGUGUGCCAAAAGGCAGGGGAGAUAUCUCUGCUGAAACAGCAGCUGAAGGACUCCCAAGCAGACGUCUCCCAGAAGCUGAACGAGAUCGUCGGGCUGCGGACCCAGCUCAAGGAAGGGAAGAGCUUCCUCCGAGAGAAGGAGGAGCAGAUGUUGAACCUGAAGGACUCUUACAGCAACAAAAGCGUCAGCCUGGAGAUCUGCGAGAGCGAACUGCAGAAGAAGAUGGGCGAGGUGCAGAUGUUGAGGGAGAAACUCGCCCAGUGCGAACUGGAGGUCUCCAACCUGAAACAGACCUUGACCAGCCUCGGGGGCCAGCAGGGCCACCUCAGCCCCGAGCUCCCCGAGAAGCUCGCGAGGGACCCCAUGGCUUGCGAGAGCGACGAGGCCAAGAUGAAGCGGCAGAGCGAGGAAAGCCUGGCCGCCCUGAAGAAGGAAGUCGAGAGGCUGCAGGCCGAGCUGAAGGUCGAACGGCAGCAGCGGGAGCAGCAGGUGGCGGACUUUGAGGGGGAGCGCCGCACGUGGCAGGAGGAGAAGGAGAAGGUGAUCAAGUACCAGAAGCAGCUGCAGCUGAACUAUGUGGAGAUGUACCAGAAGAACCAGAUCUUGGAGCACAAGGUGAACGAGAUGAACGGCAAGGCUGCCAGCCCGCCGCACACCGAAGAUAAAAAGACAUGGACUCCCUCUCGCCUGGAGAGGAUAGAGUCCACGGAGAUCUAAGGAAGGAGCCGAGGCAUUUAACAGUAUGGGGUGUUUUUCUUUUCUUUUCUUAUUACUGUGCAUGUACUUCAACCGGUGAUCUUCCUAAAGAGAAAUAUGCUAUGUAAACCAGCAGUGUAAGAUGGGUUGCGCUGGGUCUGCCCAACGUGAUUUGGUCCUCUACGGGUUAUUAAGGGAAAGGAAUGGCCACAGGUGCACUUUUGAGUUUUAGGGACGACUGGGUGUCAGCUGGAGAGAUUUUCCGGGGGCGGGGGUGGGUGGGUGGGUUGCUUUCUCCACUAUCAGGAGUGCUGUAUUCUGCUGUAUAUUGGCCAUCACUAUGAUCUCCACUCUCCUGUGUUCUUGUGAUGUGGGCAGUUUGAAAAGUUUUCUCCCACAUCCAGCCCUCUUGGGUAACAGAAUUGAAGCUCUAUCACAAUCAAGAUGGCCUCCUUUUUAAGAACAUAAGAACAAGCCAGCUGGAUCAGACCAGAGUCCAUCUAGUCCAGCUCUCUGCUACUCGCAGUGGCCCACCAGGUGC